GAGACCAUGGAGGAGAGAGUUGGAUCAAGCCUGGACCUGAGAAAGGGAUUCCUCAGAGCUGUAAGACUUGUGACCAUGUUAAGGACUCCACACACUGGCUUCAGAUUGAACCCUUGACUUCCACUGUCCAGGGAGUGACAAUGUUCAGGCACAGGACACCCAAAGGGAGUUAUGAGUGCACAGUGUCUGGGCUCCGCUGGCUGUGUGAGAGAGAUGUCAUUCUGAAGUAUCACUUCAGGAACUGGGAACCCUACAGUCAACUUCUGAAAGACAUGCAGUACACACAAGGUGGUCCAUUGCUGGACAUCACUAUGGAGUUAGGUGAACUGAAGGAAGUUCAUCUGCCACACUUUGUCUGUUUAGGGACCAACCCUUCCCUGAGGAAUGAGAUGAAGAUUCUUCAUGUAGAGGAACAUGGAGUGUCUUUAGAGGAAGUGCAUGAGGUCACCAGAUUCCAUGCUAAGAUUCUCCAUCCCAAGUUCUCAGCUAUCGCUGUUAUACUGAGCUAUAUCUUUUCUUGGAUCGUAGAUGUCCACUGUGACGUGGUCCUCUACAUGGCAGUAAAAAAGUCAACAUUAAUUUCAAGGCUGUACCUGCUCCUCAGAAACUCCAGUCAGAAAGAGGCUGUUCGGGAACGGGAGAAAGAUCAGGUGUCCCAAGGAUAUUCAGAAUUUCUCCUGUCAAGUCCAAACGGGCCCUUAAAGAUGAACACUUGGUUUGCACUCAAGAAUCCACACUCUACUUCCAUCUAUCCAGAGAAGAUUCAGCUGUUACCUGCAAACACCACACCAAGCUGUUGUAAGAUGAUAAUGGGAAACACAGGGGUGGACAUUGAGAUGGAGUUAAUCGGGGAUGAUGAGAGGACAGUAUGGAAAUCAGUGGUAUCAAAAGAUGAAUACAGCAAAGACUCUCAUCCAACACCAUUAACACUCUCUGGGAUUCCUGCUGAGGAGUUUCUGAAGAAACAUAGGGCUGAACUCAUUCAGGGAGUCAAAAACCCAAUGCCAAUAGCAGAUGAUCUGUCGUCAAAGAGCAUGAUUGGUGAUGAAGAGUACUCCAGAAUAACAGCUGAAACAACUGAACAGGAGCGAAUGAGAAAACUACUGAAUGCAGUCCUCCCUAAAGGACCAGAAGUGAUGGGAGCUUGUCUCAAAGCUCUCAGGGAACAUGAACAACAUCUUGUUAAGUACUUGAGUGAAUCUAGCACCUAAUCUGAAGAUGCUGAGGCCUGUCUCCUAGUCUGUGGACAAAGACACUUCUCCACCUAAUCUGAAGAUGCUGAGGCCCGUCUCCUAGUCUGUGGACAAAGACACUUCUCCACCUAAUCUAAAGAUGCUGAGGCCUGUCUCCUAGUCUAUGGACAAAGACACUUCUCCACCUAAUCUGAAGAUGCUGAGGCCUGUCUCCUAGUCUGUGGAGAAAGACACUUCUCCACCUAAUCUGAAGAUGCUGAGGCCUGUCUCCUAGUCUAUGGACAAAGACACUUCUCCACCUAAUCUGAAGAUGCUGAGGCCUGUCUCCUAGUCUGUGGACAAAGACACUUAAAUGAUUUUAAAUUGUAAUGUUUGCUAUUCUUUAAACAUGUGUUUUAUUCAUGUGCUUCAGGGAGAGAUCCUGAUUGACAUGUGUACUAUGGUACAUUGAGUUGGGUCUGACCAGGGAGAGAUCCUGAUUGGUUUGAACCUUUCCAGCUCAUUUCAGAUUGACUUCGAGUGUCUCUGUGUGGAAGAAUUUCCACAACAUGAUUUUGAAAACGCAAUUAAGGGUAUGAACUGGAAUGAUCUCUUGUCCUAUACAGAUGGGGAAGCUGAUAGUCAUGCUAGUCAAAGAUACACACCACCACGUUGACAUCUUGACGAAAGACCUUCCUUAGAUUCUUUACGGGAUUACAACUCACUCUGUCUGAAUGAAAUGAGGAAAUGGACUCACUAAAGGGGGAUAGCUGAGAGGGCAGAGAAGGCACGUGACAUCAUCGACAUGGUGUUGAGAAAAGGAACCGAGUCAAAGUUCCAGGAUGAUCAACCUUCUUGGGGAGAUGGACCCCAUAUCUUUGUUCACAGCUUCAGAUCAACAGUUGUAGUCAACUGGCAGAAUAGACAGGCAGGAUGGUUCAACAUGUUCUGGUUGUCUGUUGCUUUAAUUCAGGAAAUGUCAAUCAAACAUGACCACUAAAAUAACGAUAUAACUUACGAAAGAUGAGAGAUGUCUGAUCUGCUCUGUUGGAAGAUUUGUCACCGUUGCAUUUCGCAGGGAGUCCGUUUUUACAGACAGGUGGGACUUUUUUUUUUUUAGGAGGAAGUACAGAUUGGCUGAUCAGAUAUCGUUUCCCAAAACCGAUCUUGUGAGGAUAUGAGACCUACUUUGAAAGGCGAACCCAAGCCAUUCGGGUGCACGUCAAAGUGCUUAUCCACCCUCGGGUUUUUGGUAACCGGCACGUUUCAACCGGAUGCUCGCGGAUUCGUCAGCGGCAUCUCACAUCCCUCGAUGAGGCAAUGUUGAGGAUCUAAUCAUCAGCAAACGUGUAAUAUACCAUUUCUAUCAUCGCACAACUGAUUGAAUGGGUUCCCAAAUACGAAUGGAGCAAUAGACGGCACCAAAAUCACCAUAAGAGCACCAUCCCAAAACGAGUUCAACAAGGCUAUGUAAUCAGAGAAGACCUAUACUCUUAAUGUGAAGGUGAUAGGCUAUGUGAACAGAGAAGACUUCUAUUUUUAAUGUGAAGGUGAUGAUAGGUAAGUGUAACGGAUGUGAAACUGAUAGCUAGUUAGCGGUGGGCUUAUUGGUGAGUAUUGACUACUAAUAUGAAGUAUAUUUGUCAUUGAUAAAGCAACUUGAAUUGUGCUAUUUGUCCUCUCUUUGUUGCUAUGUUUUUAUUGUUACUCAUCAAACCUCGACUGAGUGAGCCAAUCAAACCUUUUGUUUGUAUUCAAUAUCUGACACUACCACCUCUAUUCAAUAUCUGACACUGGCACCUCUAUUCAAUAUCUGACACUACCACCUCUAUUCAAUAUCUGACACUGUGCUACAGAAAUUAUAUGACAGUUCCAAACUCAAUCAGAAGCUUUUCUAAAUUGUAUUCAAGUAGUAUAAUUGCCAUUUGCAAGGACCUAUUAAAAGUAAUACAUUGGAAUUAUUAUUUGGAGCUCUCUCACAUAUAGUAGGUCUACAUAGCACACAGAGGUAGACAGUAUAACAGUCACAGGGAACAAAUAAAACAUUUAUAAAAUCCUCUAUGACGUCCUUUCUUUUCUUCGUGUUCAGCUCCAGGUUGUUUCCGCUGCACAUCGCGCUUCUUGUCUGUCUAUAGGCUGUCUCGUCGUUGCUAUUGACGACACUUAUGACGUUUUUAGUCUCACAAUGGAUUCUGAGGACCCCCCUUUUAUUAUAGUGCUGUGAUAAUACAAACAUACAGCCUCCUUAAUAUCUAAACAUAUUAUUUGAAUGACUGAAGACGGAGAGUUCUGCAUGAAAGAUGUAUUUUAUUAUUGUCAGUGACAUGGCACACAGCCAUUGGUUGAUGCAAUGUGGCGUGUCAAUUGUAGGCGGCCUCGUAGGAUUUCAGUGGGCUGGGCUGCAGCGGAGCUCAGCAUUUCUUCCGAAUCUCUCUCCUCCCUCAGCUAUACCGGUGUGUAAAGGGGUGAAGUUCACCAUGGGAGCCGAGACUAUCGCACGGUGGUAGUAGAGAGACGCGGAUGAAGUGUGUGUCAGUCAUGCUGGUGGCUGGCAGCGACGGCAGAGCAGAGCGUGACAUGCCAGUGUUUUUUCCUGAGGGGAUGUGUUUUCUUGGUCUUGGAUCCACGGAGUGAUGGCAGAAUGUUCCAUUUAUUCUAUGGAUCUUUCCUUCCCGUCUUAUUUCUGCCACCACGGCAUGAUCCAGAGCAGGGCGGUGUAACUGGGUGAUUCAACAUCACGGUUAUAGUGAUCGGAAGAGACACGGAGGAUUUUGCAACAAGUGCAAGUAGGAAAACCGUCAUUACACCUUUCCCCUUCAUAAUCAACGCAGUUCUCUCUGGCAGUGUUCAAGCCUCAGCAGCAGUCAAUCGGAGUGUUUCUGGCUGAAUUGUUGUUCUUCUGAUGAUGAUGGUUGGCAGCUCCCUUCUGGUUUCUUCGGACAGCUCAGUGUCAGUGAGUAGAGACACAGUGGUGGUUUUAUAGUGACUUGUAUUUCCAUUCACUUACAAAAGUGAGCCACAUUUCUCCAGUAGAUUAGUAGUAUGCUUCGACCGGGUAGGUCAACUUACUAUCUACUAUUUUCUAUCCAGUACAGCUUGGUUUUACAGUGACUGACUUGACUUAACAUUGAUCGGACAAUUCAGCCGUGGUUGGAUGUUCUCAUGUGAAAGACUCUCGUCCCGCGGAGCUGCAACCGAGAUAGUAGAGCUGCGCAUCGAUUUGACUGGUGUCGUAACGCAGCCGUGUUCCUGCCUCUGACUGCCAUCGUCCUCAUAGAGCCCAGCCUAACUUCUCCGUGCCCUCAACACUACAGCAUCUCCUCGGAGUGAAGCCGCUUUUUGAGCGUCAAACCAGCAGACUAAUCCAACUAACAUAACCAUGUCUCCGUGUCCUCUGUCCCCUUUUGUUAAAUAUCAUCUAACCUACACAAUAUCAUUAUAUAGUGUAACGACCCUGGGCUUAUAUCCGCGGAUAGCGACUCUCUGCUUGAAUAUGCUUUUGGGGCACAGUCGAUAGCGCGCUAGACUUCGGGCUAGAAGGUCGAGGGUUCGAGUCCUGCUCCCUGCCUGUUUCAUUACGUCUCAUUUUAGUAUCGUUAUAUUACUAUCGUUAUAUUUCUGUGGUACAGAAAUUAUAUGAUAGUUCCAAACUCAAUCCGAAGCUUUUCUAAAUUUGAUUAAAGUAGUUUAAUCCAUUUUAUUCAAGUAGUAUAAUUGCCAUUUUCAAGGACCUAUUAAAAGUAAUAUAUUGGAAUUAUUAUUUGGAGCUCUCUCACAUAUAGUAGGUCUACAUAGCACACAGAGGUAGACAGUAUAACAGUCACAGGGAACAAAUAAAACAUUUAUAAAAUCCUCUAUGACGUCCUUUCUUUUCGUUGUGUUCAGCUCCAGGUUGUUUCCGCUGCACAUCGCUGUUAGACACUGCGCUUCUUGUCUGUCUAUAGGCUGUCUCGUCGUUGUUAUUGACGACACUUGACGUUUUUAGUCUCACAAUGGAUUCUGAGGACCCCCCUUUUAUUAUAGUGCUGUGAUAAUACAAACAUACAGCCUCCUUAAUAUCUAAACAUAUUAUUUGAAUGACUGAAGACGGAGAGUUCUGCAUGAAAGAUGUAUUUUAUUAUUGUCAGUGACAUGGCACACAGCCAUUGGUUGAUGCAAUGUGGCGUGUCAAUUGUAGGCGGCCUAGUAGGAUUUCAGUGGGCUGGGCUGCAGCGGAGCUCAGCAUUUCUUCCGAAUCUCUCUCGCCCCUCAGCUAUAUGCAGGUGUGUAAAGGGGUGAAGUUCACAAUGGGAGCCGAGACUAUCGCACGGUGGCAGUAGAGAGACGCCGAUGAAGUGUGUGUCAGUCAUGCUGUUGGCUGGCGGCGACGGCAGAGCAGAGCGUGACAUGCCAGUGUUUUUGCGUGAGGGGAUGUGUUUUCUUGGUCUUGGAUCCACGGAGUGAUGGCAGAAUGUUCCAUUUAUUCUAUGGAUCUUUCCUUCCCGUCUUAUUUCUGCCACCAUGGCAUGAUCCAGAGCAGGGCGGUGUAACUGGGUGAUUCAACAUCACGGUUAUAGUGAUCGGAAGAGACACGGAGGAUUUUGCAACAAGUGCAAGUAGGAAAACAGUCAUUACACCUUUCCCCUUCAUAAUCAACGCAGUUCUCUCUGGCACUGUUCAAGCCUCAGCAGCAGUCAAUCGGAGUGUUUCUGGCUGAAUUGUUGUUCUUCUGAUGAUGAUGGUUGGCAGCUCCCUUCUGGUUUCUUCGGACAGCUCAGUGUCAGUGAGUAGAGACACAGUGGUGGUUUUAUAGUGACUUGUAUUUCCAUUCACUUACAAAAGUGAGCCACAUUUCUCCAGUAGAUUAGUAGUAUGCUUCGACCGGGUAGGUCAACUUACUAUCUACUAUUUUCUAUCCAGUACAGCUUGGUUUUACAGUGACUGACUUGACUUAACAUUGAUCGGACAAUUCAGCCGUGGUUGGAUGUUCUCAUGUGAAAGACUCUCGUCCCGCGGAGCUACAACCGAGAUAGUAGAGAUGCGCAUCGAUUUGACUGGUGUCGUAACGCAGCCGUGUCCCUGCCUCUGACUGCCAUCGUCCUCACAGAGCCCAGCCUAACUUCUCCGUGCCUGCAACACUACUGCUGUACCUCGGAGUGAAGCCGCUUUUUGAGCUUCAAACCAGCAGACUAAUCCAACUAACAUAACCAUGUCCCCGUGUCCUCUGUCCCCUUUUGUUAAAUAUCAUAAUAUCAUCGGUCGUAUACAAUAUAUCAUAUAGUGUAACGAGCCUGGGUUUAUAAGCGUGGAUAGCGACUCUCUGCUUGAGUAUUCCUUUGGGGCACAGUCGAUAGCGCGCUAGACUUCGGGCUAGAAGGUCGAGGGUUCGAGUCCUGCUCCCUGCCUGUUUCAUUACGUCUCAUUUUACUAUCGUUAUAUUUCUGUGCUACAGAAAUUAUCUGACAGUUCCAAACUCAAUCAGAAGCUUUUCUAAAUUUUAUUCAAGUAGAUUAAUCUAUUUUAUUCAAGUAGUAUAAUUGCCAUUUGCAAGGACCUAUUAAAAGUAAUAUAUUGGAAUUAUACUUUGGAGCUCUCUCACAUAUAGUAGGUCUACAUAGCACACAGAGGUAGACAGUAUAACAGUCACAGGGAACAAAUAAAACAUUUAUAAAAUCCUCUAUGACGUCCUUUCUUUUCUUCGUGUUCAGCUCCAGGUUGUUUCCGCUGCACAUCGCUGUUAGACACUGCGCUUCUUGUCUGUCUAUAGGCUGUCUCGUCGUUGUUAUUGACGACACUUAUGACGUUUUUAGUCUCACAAUGGAUUCUGAGGACUACUAAUCUACUGUAAAACCACCACAGCAUUUCUUCCGAAUCUCUCUCCUCCCUCAGCUAUACCGGUGUGUAAAGGGGUGAAGUUCACCAUGGGAGCCGAGACCAUCGCACAGUGGUAGUAGAGAGACGCCGAUGAAGUGUGUGUCAGUCAUGCUGGUGGCUGGCAGCGACGGCAGAGCAGAGCGUGACAUGCCAGUGGUUUUUCCUGAGGGGAUGUGUUUUCUUGGUCUUGGAUCCACGGAGUGAUGGCAGAAUGUUCCAUUUAUUCUAUGGAUCUUUCCUUCCCGUCUUAUUUCUGCCACCACGGCAUGAUCCAGAGCAGGGCGGUAUAACUGGGUGAUUCAACAUCACGGUUAUAGUGAUAGGAAGAGACAGAGGAUUUUGCAACAAGUGCAAGUAGGAAAACAGUCAUUACACCUUUCCCCUUCAUAAUCAACGCAGUUCUCUCUGGCAGUGUUCAAGCCUCAGCAGCAGUCAAUCGGAGUGUUUCUGUCUGAAUUGUUGUUCUUCUGAUGAUGAUGGUUGGCAGCUCCCUUCUGGUUUCUUCGGACAGCUCAGUGUCAGUGAGUAGAGACACAGUGGUGGUUUUAUAGUGACUUGUAUUUCCAUUCACUUACAAAAGUGAGCCACAUUUCUCCAGUAGAUUAGUAGUAUGCUUCGACCGGGUAGGUCAACUUACUGUCUACUAUUUUCUAUCCAGUACAGCUUGGUUUUACAGUGACUGACUUGACUUAACAUUGAUCGGACAAUUCAGCCGUGGUUGGAUGUUCUCAUGUGAAAGACUCUCGUCCCGCGGAGCUGCAACCGAGAUAGUAGAGCUGCGCAUCGAUUUGACUGGUGUCGUAACGCAGCCGUGUUCCUGCCUCUGACUGCUAUCGUCCUCACAGAGCCCAGCCUAACUUCUCCGUGCCGGCAACACUACAGCAGCUCCUCGGAGUGAAGCCGCUUUUUGAGCGUCAAACCAGCAGACUAAUCCAACUAACAUAACCAUGUCUCCGUGUCCUCUGUCCCCUUUUGUUAAAUAUCAUCUAACCUACACAAUAUCAUUAUAUAGUGUAACGACCCUGGGCUUAUAUCCGCGGAUAGCGACUCUCUGCUUGAAUAUGCUUUUGCGGCACAGUCGAUAGCGCGCUGGACUUCGGGCUAGAAGGUCGAGGGUUCGAGUCCUGCUCCCUGCCUGUUUCAUUACGUCUCAUUUUAGCUCUCUCACAUAUAGUAGGUCUACAUAGCACACAGAGGUAGACAGUAUAACAGUCACAGGGAACAAAUAAAACAUUUAUAAAAUCCUCUAUGACGUCCUUUCUUUUCUUCGUGUUCAGCUCCAGGUUGUUUCCGCUGCACAUCGCUGUUAGACACUGCGCUUCUUGUCUGUCUAUAGGCUGUCUCGUCGUUGCUAUUGACGACACUUGACGUUUUUAGUCUCACAAUGGAUUCUGAGGACCCCCCUUUUAUUAUAGUGCUGUGAUAAUACAAACAUACAGCCUCCUUAAUAUCUAAACAUAUUAUUUGAAUGACUGAAGACGGAGAGUUCUGCAUGAAAGAUGUAUUUUAUUAUUGUCAGUGACAUGGCACACAACCAUUGUAGGCGGCCUAGUAGGAUUUCAGUGGGCUGGGCUGCAGCGGAGCUCAGCAUUUCUUCCGAAUCUCUCUCCCCCCUCCGCUAUACCGGUGUGUAAAGGGGUGAAGUUCACCAUGGGAGCCGAGACUAUCGCACGGUGGCAGUAGAGAGACGCCGAUGAAGUGUGUAUCAGUCUUGCUGGUGGCUGGCAGCGACGACAGAGCAGAGCGUGACAUGCCAGUGUUUUUUCCUGAUGGGAUGUGUUUUCUUGGUCUUGGAUCCACGGAGUGAUGGCAGAAUGUUCCAUUUAUUCUAUGGAUCUUUCCUUCCCGUCUUAUUUCUGCCACCACGGCAUGAUCCAGAGCAGGGCGGUGUAACUGGGUGAUUCAACAUCACGGUUAUAGUGAUCGGAAGAGACACGGAGGAUUUUGCAACAAGUGCAAGUAGGAAAACCGUCAUUACACCUUUCCCCUUCAUAAUCAACGCAGUUCUCUCUGGCAGUGUUCAAGCCUCAGCAGCAGUCAAUCGGAGUGUUUCUGGCUGAAUUGUUGUUCUUCUGAUGAUGAUGGUUGGCAGCUCCCUUCUGGUUUCUUCGGACAGCUCAGUGUCAGUGAGUAGAGACACAGUGGUGGUUUUAUAGUGACUUGUAUUUCCAUUCACUUACAAAAGUGAGCCACAUUUCUCCAGUAGAUUAGUAGUAUGCUUCGACCGGGUAGGUCAACUUACUAUCUACUAUUUUCUAUCCAGUACAGCUUGGUUUUACAGUGACUGACUUGACUUAACAUUGAUCGGACAAUUCAGCCGUGGUUGGAUGUUCUCAUGUGAAAGACUCUCGUCCCGCGGAGCUGCAACCGAGAUAGUAGAGCUGCGCAUCGAUUUGACUGGUGUCGUAACGCAGCCGUGUUCCUUCCUCUGACUGCCAUCGUCCUCACAGAGCCCAGCCUAACUUCUCCGUGCCGGCAACACUACAGCAGCUCCUCGGAGUGAAGCAGCUUUUUGAGCUUCAAACCAGCAGACGAAUCCAACUAACAUAACCAUCACCCUGAUUCCUCUGUCCCCUUUUGUUAAAUAUCAUCGGUCGUACACAAUAUAUCAUAUAGUAUAAGGGGAGAAGUUCACUCUGGCACUGAGUUCCUGUAAUGGAGGCUCAGGACGGCUCUGCUUCACGUAGAGGAAGCCCCUGGAAAUUGAGUACACAUUUAAACUUGUUCUUGUUUUUUUUUACAGUGUUAUGUUUUCAUACUGUCAUACUCUGCCUCCCUAAAUGUCUAUUACCUCCAUGAACGAGUUGAUAUAAUAUUGAAAUGUGAAAUUAAAGACAUGACUAUA